AUGCCUGACAUUCUCAAUUGUGUGUCGUCACUUUUCAAGAUCGUUCCGCCGUUCGUCGCGGCGCUUUUCUCUCGUCAGUUGCCUGCGCAUCGCGACGUGAGCACCAUUUCUGCUUCACCACUUGAGAUGGGCGAACACAACUCCAAUCCGAUACCUCCUGACGAUGGUGAUGCUGACGCCGCGUAUCGCGCCCUUUCAUCUGGCAAGGGUCGCCAUUACAAAGACCAUGACUUCGUCCCUACCAGACCCGGACCUCUGGAUUAUGAUGACAUGGAACUCGAUCUACCCACCAGUCACCACAAGAGAUACAACUCUCAAGACGGCUAUCAUCUAGUCGUUCAUGGCUCGGACUACAGCAGCAGAAAGCCCGAAAACAACACUGCUCUAAUCUUCAGCUCUUACGAGACUCUUGAACAAGCCCGUGUAGGCAAAGGCCCCGAACUCCAAUCACUGCCAUCGAAGAGAAAGAGAGGUGCCGAUGUGGACAAAAGCCUUCAGCAUUCGUUCAAGAAACCACGCAAGGCCAAGGACGAUCGUAGCGACCGACUCUGCCUGCAGUGUGGCAACUACCAUAGCUCACCUUGCUAUGUGCCCUACUGCAGCAGCUGCGACCUGAACCAUUAUCUUGGCAUCCCAUGCUUAGAGGCUAUGGAGCAAUUGAAGAAGCGUCUCGAGCUGCAUGCUNCCCAAGGGACACCCUUUUCGUCUAAUCAGAAGAGCAAGAAGAAGAUGGCACGAUCGUCAAUGCCCUUGCGCUUCCGGAUCGAGAACCAAGUUUCACCAGCCUUGUCAAAACAGCACGCUCCUACGACCUUGCUCGGAUCGGCCUCUCAGUCUCCUGUGAACAAACAACAGAAAGAAAGUCCUAGCAAACGCAUCUGUCCCAUCUGUCGUGAGUGUGGCAACCCCCACAGAUCAGCCUGCAAAUGGCUCGUUUGCGACAAAUGCCAGGUCAAGCACCAUCCAGAGACUCUCUGCGCUGUGGCUGAGGCUCGACUCAAGGCGCGUCUGAAAGAAGAGGACGCAAAGCAAGCCCAAGUGACCGAGGAGAUCAGAAAGCGGGAGAAUAGUAUGAUCGACCAGAACAACAAGAUGGCUACGGCUUUCCAGUUCAGGCGCUCAUCUGCUCCCAGCCCAGGUCGUGCAUUCAGUCCCGGAGUUGCAUCCAGGAAGCUCAAGAAGAACACCAGAUUCUGCAGAGAUUGUGGUCGCUAUCUCAAUGGACCAUGCACCUGGCCCAUGUGCAAGAAGUGUAACAUCAAGCACUUCGAACACGUUCCUUGCUGGCAAGCAUACCGAAACCUGCAGAACCGUCUUGACAGAUUCGACCGUGGUUGGGGCACUUCCCAGCAGAAAAUCGUCAAGACAAAGACCUUGUCCCCUACUGUACAGCCCUCGUCGCAGAAGAUCGAGCAAGUUACCAACACCAACCGAGUUACUCCAACUGCGUCCGUGGAUUUUGCGACCCCUGCCAACAUGACCUUCAACAUUGGCGGCGACGGACAGAUGUCCUGGUCGCUCGACUCGAACAAGACCAUCCAUUUCGGUCUUCCUCCUAGCAACCCCCACUUCUCCGUAUCCGUGUCAUCGAUGCCACAGCAGCAUAACAACCAUGUUCACCCUAGUCGUCAAGCUUUCUUCUCCGAGCCCGCUCAGAUUGCAGCCACCAUCCCUCAAUCCUUGGCCGACAUCCCCUCGAACGGAAGUGUGCUCCCGCUCUACAGCCCACGCAACGAUACGCCUCAGGUUGUUACCUACGGCGCAUCUGUUGAACAGAGUGUUGACGCUUUCAUCGCGGAUGUUGCUCAGGGCAUGCAUAGCAGCACUCGCGGUGCUUUUGGAUGUGUUGACGACCCACAGAGUACACCUUCGUACCUGGACUAUGUUCGUCAAAAUGGCUCUUCGUGA